UGAGCGAGAGCCUGGGCUGUACACACACACACGCACAUACAUACACGCACACUGCGAGGCUGAAGAGGAAGGAGGGAGGCAGUUGAGCAGAGAAGGAGGAAGCGGAGCGCUUGGACUGGGGACGGCCGCAGCAACCCUUUUCCAAUCCUCCUUCAUCCUUCCCUCGCCGGCUUCUUUCCCCCCUGACAGCCCCAGGAGCAGAAGCGGGAGAGAGGCUCCUUCCAGACAGGAGCAACUGAACCAUGGAGCUUCGAGUAGGGAACAAAUAUCGACUGGGACGAAAAAUUGGUAGCGGUUCCUUUGGAGAUAUUUAUUUGGGUGCCAAUAUAGCCACAGGAGAAGAGGUAGCCAUUAAGUUGGAAUGUGUCAAAACGAAGCACCCACAACUCCACAUCGAAAGCAAAUUUUACAAGAUGAUGCAGGGAGGUGUGGGUAUCCCUUCCAUUAAGUGGUGUGGUGCAGAAGGAGACUAUAAUGUGAUGGUGAUGGAACUUCUGGGACCCAGCCUGGAGGACCUCUUCAACUUCUGCUCUCGCAAAUUCAGUCUCAAGACUGUUCUGCUCCUGGCAGAUCAGAUGAUCAGCCGUAUUGAGUACAUUCAUUCCAAGAAUUUCAUCCACCGAGAUGUGAAGCCAGACAACUUCCUUAUGGGGCUCGGCAAGAAAGGCAACCUAGUGUACAUCAUUGACUUCGGACUGGCCAAGAAGUACAGAGAUGCCCGCACCCACCAACACAUCCCCUACCGGGAAAACAAAAAUCUGACUGGCACAGCACGCUAUGCCUCUAUAAACACCCAUCUUGGCAUUGAGCAAAGUCGCCGUGAUGACUUGGAGAGCUUGGGCUACGUGCUGAUGUACUUCAAUCUCGGCUCACUGCCUUGGCAAGGUCUGAAGGCUGCCACAAAGCGCCAGAAAUAUGAACGCAUCAGUGAGAAAAAGAUGUCAACGCCUAUUGAGGUGCUCUGCAAAGGGUACCCUUCUGAGUUUUCUACAUACCUCAACUUCUGCCGUUCACUGCGGUUCGACGACAAACCAGACUACUCCUACCUGAGGCAACUGUUUCGCAACCUCUUCCACCGUCAGGGCUUCUCCUAUGACUAUGUGUUUGACUGGAACAUGCUCAAAUUUGGGGCAGCCCGGAAUCCUGAGGACAUGGAUCGGGAGAGGCGAGAACACGAGCGAGAGGAGAGGAUGGGGCAGCUCAGAGGUUCUGCUACACGGGCACUGCCCCCCGGCCCUCCUGCCGGGGCCACAGCAAACCGCCUCCGUAAUGUUGCUGAGCCUAUGGCCUCCACGCCCACCUCCCGCAUCCAGCAGUCUGGAAAUACAUCCCCCAGAGCAAUCUCACGGGUGGACAGGGAGCGGAAAGUCAGCAUGAGGUUACACCGAGGAGCCCCUGCCAACAUCUCCUCAUCUGACCUCACAGGACGGCAAGAGGUGUCACGGAUUUCAGCGUCACAGACAAGUGUGCCAUUCGAUCACCUGGGAAAGUGAAGAGAGGAUGCCACCGGACCAGUGUUUGCUUAGUGUCUUCACUGUAUUUUUCUUUUAAAAAACAAAAUAACAAAAAUUAAAAAAAAGAAAAAAAAUGAAAAAACCCCAACCUUUAUUUUGGCCAGCGACGAGGAGAGGAACUGCCCCUGUGCUGGUGUUCAUGCCCUUUCCUUCUGAGAUCGCCGCCUGUGUUCCCAAGCCCAGUUUGCCUUUGACAAGUCGCCGAUGCAGGAGCCUUGCAGAAGCACCUCUGCUGCUACCGUACAGCUUUAUCUCCCCAGGCCUCGCCCCCAUCUCAUGCCAGCAGGCCAUGCCCAGCCGUGCCCAGGCUUUCCACUCCCGUCUCAAGCUGUUUGUAUCUUUACCCAAAAAAACCCCUUCCCGGACUACUUUUUUUAAAAAAAAUAGUUUGGCGUGUGUAAAUCAAGAUGGUUUCCAACAUGAAUUUAAAAAUUCUUUUGGGAUUCUUUUUUAAAAAGAGGGGAGGGGAGGAUAUUUGCAGGAGAUCUAAAAUUCCAGCCCUUGGUGGUGUCGGUAGCUGGCUUAAUGUUAGUUUCAAAACAGACUGUGGUAGCAAGCUGGCGCUGCUUUUUUAGGGGAUAGAAAUGGUGGGGAGAAGCCUGCAGUUUGCAUUCUUUCCCUGGGGGGACACUGCUGUCCCUCUGUGUAUUGAUGGGCACCUUGGGAGAUGCAGCGGGCAUAUACCAGUAAGGCAGAUGAUACUGGCACGGCAGCAAUUGUGUGUCGAAGGAUAUGCACAUGGCUGGAGAUGGCAAGGCUUGAGCAAAUGUGAAGGAUGUAGAAAUGUGACCCACUUCUCACGCAGGCAGUGGGGGUCUUCUUUUUUUUCCAAUCUGUUUGAGUGUGUUUAGUUAUUUCUUUUUAAUUGUUUUUAUUUGCCCAGAAGACAGGGAGGGUGUUGAAGAAAAGGGAGGGGUACGAGAAAGUGAGGUGGCGAGGGGGGAGUAAAAAGCUGACUUUAUUGUAGAGGUUGCUUCCUCCACUACAGAUGAAAAGGACAACCCAGCUUAGACGCCCUACCCCCCCCCCCCCCCAGUCAAAAGCCUCUCCCACCUUCCUUUUUGCCCUGUUCUCUCUAAAUUUUAGGCUUGACUCAAGAGAACCGAACCCUUAUGGGCUUGAAUUGCAGCUGUCAUCGUGCCCUCUGGCUUUUAAACCUUGACCCACUUCUGACCUUGGACAGUGUGGAACCCUUGGAGGGGCAGGCGGGAAACUUGACAGUUUGGUUCUUAAUCUUUUUUUUUUUUAAUUUAACACGUGGCUCCUUCUUUAUUUCCCCCCUAAUUUAUUUACCCCGCUUACUGUGUCUC